CCAGGAAGCAGCUGCAGAGGCCUUCUGUGAACCUUUACUCACAAGCAAUGAGGGUGGCGGCAGCUCGCUGACCCUUGGCCUGGAGACACUCUUGGGAGGAGCAGAGUGAUUUUCAGUGCUCAGAAAGCUGGUGGCUGAGUCCAGCACUAGCUGCAGGGCUGCAGGCUGAGUGCAGACCUCUCACUCACCGGUGCGCUUGCUUGGGCGGCCCCAGUGCUGAGCUGGGUGUGAGCAGGGAGUGAGGCCCCUCCUGUGUUCGAAGACUGGGAUCACGCUGCGAGGGACCUGCUCGGCCUCGCACCUCUGACCUAACUCCUUCGUGUGUUUGGCUGUGGCGGUGAUGAGAAACUCCACGUGAAAAGAUUUUUUUUUAAAGAGGAAAAUAGUCCACAGCCCAGUUUUGAGAUGAUGGGCUUGGGAAAUGGCCGUCGAAGCAUGAAGUCCCCACCCCUCCUGCUGGCCGCCCUGGUGGCCUGCAUCAUCGUCUUAGGAUUCAACUACUGGAUCGCCAGCUCUCGGAGUGUGGAACUCCAGAAACAAAUCCUAGAGCUGGAAGGCAGGGUGCGCAGGGCGGCCGCGGAGAGAGGCGCCGUGGAGCUGAAGAAGAAUGAGUUCCAGGGAGAGCUGGAGAAGCAGCGGGAGCAGCUGGACAAGAUCCAGUCCAGCCACAGCUUCCAGCUGGAGAGCGUCAACAAGCUCUACCAGGACGAGAAGGCUGCCUUAGUGAGCAACAUCACCACCGGUGAGAGGCUCAUCCGAGACCUGCAAGACCAGCUGAAGGCCCUGCAGAGGAGUUACGGCCGGCUGCAUCAGGACGUGCUCCAGUUCCGGAGGAACCAGACCAACCUGGAGAGGAAGUUCUCCUAUGACCUGAACCAGUGUAUCAACCAGAUGAAAGAGGUGAAGGAGCAGUGUGAAGAGCGAAUAGAAGAGAUCACUAGAAAGGGAAAUGAAGCUGCAGCUUCCAGAGGCCUGAGCAAAAGGAACGACCAGGCUCCCAGCGAGUCCCAGCCCAGACUGCAGGGAGCAGGCUUGCUACAGGCCGCAGUGCCACAAGCGAAGGGAAGCGUGUCCAGCAAGGGCAAGUCCCAGACACCACAGCCCCAUUCUGAGACGGUUUUGGAAUUGAAGGGACAAGAGGAAACCAACGAGAUCCAGCCUGUGAGUGAGGAGGCGGCUCAGAGAGACAGUGGCGUGCUGCCCCGGGAGCCAGGCCAAGGACAGGCUGCACAGGACAUGGCCGUGGCUGGCGAAGGCCUUGGGGGAGCUGGAGAACUUGUCCGCACCACACAGGUGCCAGUUGCCCUAUCAUCGAGCCCAGAACACCAGGAGCCAGAAGAACCUGAGCGGGACCAGCUUGUUAUCCGAGAAGGGCCAGAGGAGCAGGCUGCUGCCAGGGAAGGACAAAAUCAGCAGAAGACGGGAGCCGAUGACUACAACCUGGAUGAAAAUGAGGCGGAAUCAGAAACAGAUAAGCAGGCAGCCCUUGCUGGGAGUGACAGAAACCUAAAUGUUUUUAAUGCUGAGAAGAGAGACAUCAUACAUUUAUUUGAUCAGCAUGAAAAGCGGAAUCACACGCUCUGAAUCAAACUGGUAUUGUUUACUUCGUGUCAGGACUGAACAGAUCACUAUAAACCAUUCAUGAGUGACUGAGUACCCAAAGCUGUGAAAUGUACUAAGUAAAAUGUACAUCUAAAGAUGAUUGUAUGGGUUUAGUAUGUACUUUAUGUAUGAAAACUGGGACUGUCUCAACCAACUGGGAGAGAUUUUGGGGGUACUUUUUGUCUGUAAUAGGAUGUCAGAGUUUUUCAAACCUUUUUGGCUAAUAGGUAUUUCAUGAGAAGGUCACAAAUAGAGAACAUGUUCUCCUCCUAAUGUGACAGCAGUAGAGCUUCUUUAUUCUGGAAUCUGUGUUUAAAAAAAUAAAAAGCUGUAGGCCCAUCUGACAGGAAGGCGGUGGGCUGUGCAGCACCCUAACCUGCCUGGGUCCUCUCCACAUGCUGUGGCCUGCUGCUGGUGCCAGCCCAUCUGCCACUCCUGUUCCGAGUGACUGGCUAAUGCUCCUGUGCACUCCUGAUUCGGACCAUCCCAGCCUAAAGUGCUGUUAACGCACACACCAUUAGCAGCAGUUUAAACAAGCCUGAAUACAGAGCUGCUUGGGUCAGAGUUUUAAAGACUACUUGUAUAGUGAGGCUCGUCAUUCUUAAUGUAUAAAACACUACUGAUUUAUAAUUUGGAUGUUUGUGGUCUGUCCUUACUUUGCUUACUUUUUAACAUGUGUGGGCAAAGCAAAAUCUUCUCUAAGAACAUGUACAUUACCAAGAACAAUGACUGAAUUAGACUUCUGUAAAUGGAGGCCACACCAGCUGGCCCUAGUAUACCCAUAGCAGGACAGACACUGAGUCAGCACUGACGAUAGGUCUGCACCCCUUUUAUUGUCAGAGUAAAAGAACAAAGCUGCUUGAUGCUGAAGGAUAUAUGUUACAAAAUGAGGAUAUUUAGAAAGGCAAGAGAAAUGCUAUGUUUAUCCUUAUACACUUAGCUCUGAUAAAUGACUCGUGCAACUGAUUUUAAAAAUUGAAGGUUGUUAAUUUUUAAAAUGAUGGUUUGAUCAAAACCCAGUGAUAAUGACAAUUAGGUUUGACUUGAUUCUUAACAUUGAUGGUAAAUAGGCUCUUACUGCUUGUGAGUCACACUGACAACCUUCCGGGAAGUGCUUCGGGGCAAGCCGGAGGAGGCACAGGAUGUAAUGCAGGGGCCAUUUGGUUAGUGCCCUCUUUUCCACAAGGGAUAACGGGGCCCAGAAAUUCAGGAGCACCUAGCUGCAGGGCUGCAGUUCACCAAGGCAGGCCUGUGUGUGUAUAUGUUCAUGUGACCGUCUCCAGAGUGAGUGUUUGUUUCUUUAUCCAGUCUAAGAUUUAGCUUGUCCACCCUGAAAAGGCAACUGAAGCAAGUAUGGAAGUAUGGAAGUAGACUUUUGUCCAAGUUCUUUUUCACUCUUCCUUUGUGUCUCAGUCUUAGGGCUGACAUGAAUGUUCUUGCUUUCUCAGUUGAAGUAUUCACCUCAUGUUUAAUGUGUGUAAAGUUGCCAAGAAAUAAAGUACUCUGUUGGUUCAACUUUUAAACCUU